GCUAUGGCUCGCACAAAGCAGACAGCUCGCAAGUCCACCGGCGGGAAGGCGCCGCGCAAGCAGCUGGCCACCAAGGCGGCCCGCAAGAGCGCCCCGGCCACCGGCGGCGUGAAGAAGCCCCACCGCUACCGGCCCGGCACCGUGGCCCUGCGCGAGAUCCGCCGCUACCAGAAGUCCACCGAGCUGCUGAUCCGCAAACUGCCGUUCCAGCGCCUGGUGCGCGAGAUCGCGCAGGACUUCAAGACCGACCUGCGCUUCCAGAGCUCGGCCGUGAUGGCGCUGCAGGAGGCCUGCGAGGCCUACCUGGUGGGGCUCUUCGAGGACACCAACCUGCUUCUGGUCUGCAGCAUGUCUGGCCGCGGCAAGGGCGGGAAGGGUCUCGGCAAAGGCGGCGCCAAGCGCCACCGCAAGGUCCUGCGCGACAACAUCCAGGGCAUCACCAAGCCCGCCAUCCGGCGCCUGGCCCGCCGCGGCGGAGUCAAGCGCAUCUCCGGCCUCAUCUACGAGGAGACCCGCGGGGUGCUCAAGGUGUUCCUGGAGAACGUGAUCCGGGACGCCGUCACCUACACGGAGCACGCCAAACGCAAGACCGUCACGGCCAUGGACGUGGUCUACGCGCUCAAGCGCCAGGGCCGCACCCUCUACGGCUUCGGGGGCUGAGUGUUUGCUGUUGCUUCUCUUUCCCACAAAAGGCCCUUUUCAGGGCCCCCACUUCCUCAUUGAGGAGUUGUGGCACAGAUGGGUAAUGUUUAGAUUUGCUUUUGCAAAAUUUUUGCUAAGAGCUAACACCUUUUGCCUGCCAGUGUCUGCAAAGUGUUAAGUACGCUACUGCUGUAGUUAUCCCUAGUCACGGGGAAUGUUGAUUUUCAUGUCUGACCUGUUUGAGCUUUUUAGUGUUUCACUUGUUCCAAGUUAAACAAUAGUCGGGUCAGAAGCGUACUGAGCAGGUCAUUGUACACUGAAAUGGUUAAAUCAAGCUUGUUACCGUCUCUUUUCUGGUGGAAACAUUUGAUGUCUGCUUUUUGUAAAUUGGUAUAUAAUCUAUGCAGUACAAUAGAUCGGA